ACCGUCGGUGGGUUCCCGCGCAGUCAAAUCGUAUCCACUACAAGACCGAACUACGCGAUGGAUGACCUUUAUUUAGAUAACAUUGACGAAUUCAUCAACGACCACAAUAAGAUAGUGACGUAUAAAUGGCUAAGUCUCACUCUCGGGGUCCAUGUCAACAUAGCAAAACAAAUGCUCUUCCAUUACCUGGAUCACAAGCGGAAAGAAAGUUCAGCUCAGCUUCAUGCCACAUAUCUCGUGUCUGGAAAAUUUAUUGAGAAUGGCCAAACGACUCAUAGGGUGUCAGUUGUCAGAGAAGAGCAGUUGGAAGAUGUAAAGUCCAAAAUGAACUUAACCGUCAGUGUUCAUGUGUACAGCGUGCAGAAAGCUGUACUGAAAGACAGUGGUCCUCUCUACAGCGUUGAUUAUGAUGCUGUGAAAGACAAUCUGAAGAACUGCAGCAGAUACAGUGCCAUACAAUGUGCAAGUGCAGUGCCCAUGUCCUCGGCAGAGGUGGAGCAGGCGAGGGAAAAGAUGCAGACUCCUGUACCAGAGCCUCAAAUUGUCAAAUCUGGCACAAACGGUCAUGCCAGUCUGGCCUCCAAACCCUCCACCAAGCAGCCUAAAGGCAUCAUGGGAAUGUUUGCAAAUAAAACUACCACCAAGAACCAGGAUGGUGGUAAAGAGAUAAAGCUUGAGUCAAAAAAGGAUGUACCUGUGGUUGAGACACCCAAGAGCAAACCAGCAGGGAAGACCAAUCCUAUGAUCAACUUCUUUGGAAAUCAAGCAGCAAAGAAACCUGAAAAAACUGUGAAGAAGGAAGAAGUAACCCAGUCAUCCCCCUCUGUGGAGCAAAGACCUCCAAGGUCACCGGUGGGAGAAGUACAGGAGCCUGUGACAGAGGAUCGACAGGAGGGGAAAAAAGACACACGAAGCAAAACCAAGCGAACAGACGAUUUUGACAGUGAGGAGGAAAAAGUGGGGAAGAAAAAGAGACGCAGGAUUAGGAAGCCUCAGCCAGACAGCAGUGAUGAUGAGGUCAUUCCAGAUUCCCCGCUACAACAGAAACCGAGAGAGCCAUCACCAAGUCCUGAGAGAGAAGGGAAGAAGGAAUCUCUCCCUCAUCCUAAUCAGGAGAAUUCUCAAGGCAAGAUUAGGAAGAGGAGGCGUGUCCUGAAAUCUCACACCUUUUUGGAUGACGAAGGAUGUAUAGUGACAGAAAAACGCUAUGAAAGUGAAUCAUACUCUGAGUCGGAUGAUAAUGAUUUCCAGUCCAAACAAGCUCCGAAGGCCACUAUUCUGGCAAAGCCACUAGCAAGCAAGAAAGAGGAGAAGAAAAGCCAAAAGAAACCGGCAACAAACGCAAAUAAAGGAACCAAACAAGCUUCAAUUAUGGGAUUUUUCCAAAAGAAAUAACUGAAGACUGUUAUAGACACCUCGACUGGCAAAGAGGAAGAACAACAUGUGUUAUGUUGCAGAUUUACUGUACUGAUCUUCUGGACAGAAUACCACUGAGCUGAAUACACACAUUACCUGAACAAGUACAGUCAACACAUUGAGAUUAUUGUACUGCUGAGAAAAAGCUGUGCUGUUUUCCAACACAGCAGUGUUUUGUUAACAAAAACAAGCAUUUGCUAGUUUUUAAUACAUUAUUUGCAGCACAUGCUGUAUUGGAAGGUGUCCUUAAUAUCUGGUCUUAAGUGUGGUGAAUGGUACAUCCUUAUGUGUGUUCAGUGCCAAGUAUUUGGUAACGUGAGAAUUCUCAAGUUCUCUCCAGAAAGAAACUUUCAAGGGUUUCAGUCCAUCACUGCUUUUCUGUUAAAAGCUGCUUUGUAAAUGGCAUGUUAACUAGUCUUGUGUUUUAAGUUGGAUCCCUGGGCAAACAAGGUGUUUUUAUCAAAUGCGUUUACCAUCAGUUUAAAUUCAUUAAAAUAUUUUGUAUGAUCCCUUAUGUGUUUCUUUGUUAAAUGUCAAAUUUAUGCUGGACAAUCAUCAAUUUUUUUUUUCAUUGACAAUAUUUCAAGACAUUUUAUUCAAUGUACCCUGGAGUGAAAAUA